AUGCCGAAACCUGCAGAUCCUUGCGAUGUACAGCUGGAAAACUACAAAAAGAGCCAGCCUGUAAGUGUAAGGAUCUUCAUACCACUGAACAACUUGGACCCUUUACCAAUGCUACCUUUUCAGACACCGAAAAUUAUUACCACCUCAAAUGGUGCCCCGAUUGGCAGUAAAACAAAUGUGCUCACUGCUGGACCAAGGGGUCCAUUGCUCAUGCAAGAUGUAGUGUACAUGGAUGAAAUGGCUCAUUUUGAUCGUGAAAGGAUUCCCGAACGAGUCGUUCAUGCCAAAGGAGGAGGAGCCCAUGGAGUGUUCGAGGUGACUCAUGACAUUACAAAAUAUUGCAAAGCAGAAAUUUUCAGCAAAAUCGGCAAACAGACACCGUGUUUUGUACGCUUUUCUACCGUUGCUGGAGAGUUAGGAUCAGCGGAUACGGCUCGCGACCCACGUGGUUUCGCUGUAAAGUUUUACACUGAGGAAGGGAAUUGGGACCUUGUUGGCAACAAUACCCCAAUUUUCUUCAUUCGUGAUCCACUGCAAUUCCCAAACUUCAUCCACACCCAGAAGAGAAAUCCUCAGACUCAUCUGAAGGAUCCGGACAUGCAGUGGGACUUCUGGGGACUUCGACCUGAGUCCACACACCAAGUGAUGUUCUUGAUGUCGGAUCGAGGAACUCCCGACGGAUUUCGCUUCAUGAAUGGCUACGGCUCUCACACCUUCAAAAUGGUCAACGCCAGAGGAGAACCGGUUUACUGUAAAUUCCACUUCAAGCCGCCAAAGAUCAAGAAUCUUUCCGCUGCCGAUGCUGCUCGUCUCGCCGGCGAAGAUCCUGAUUACGCGAUCCGUGAUCUGUUCAACGCAAUCGAGAGAGGAGACUUCCCCUCUUGGAAGCUCUAUAUCCAGGUGAUGACUUUCGAGCAAGCAGAAAAAUGGCCGAUGAACCCAUUUGACGUCACCAAAGUUUGGCCACAUGGCGAAUUCCCAUUGAUUCCGGUUGGGACUAUGACGCUCAACAGGAAUCCGAAAAAUUAUUUCGCUGAGGUGGAACAGGCCGCUUUCUGUCCAGCUCAUGUGGUUCCUGGAAUCGAAUUUUCGCCAGACAAGAUGCUUCAGGGACGACUGUUCUCCUACACAGAUACCCACUUCCAUCGUCUAGGCCCGAACUAUAUCCAGUUGCCCAUUAAUUGCCCCUUCAGAGCUCGAGCGCACAAUGCUCAACGAGACGGAUUCGCAGCUUACAAUAAUCAAGAAAAUGCUCCAAACUAUUUCCCCAACAGCUUCAAUGGCGGAGUGGAAUGCCCAAAAGCUUUAGAAAGCAAAUGGAAAGUGACAGGAGACGUUGCUCGUCACGAGUCCAUUGACGACAAUAACUUUGAACAGCCACGAGUAUUCUGGGAAAAGGUCUUGAACAAUGAGGAACGAGAGAGGCUUGUGGAAAAUAUCUUCUCGGCAAUGAAAGACUGUAAACCGUUCAUUCAAGAUCGAGCAAUUCAGAAUUUCGGAAAGGUUCAUCCAGAUUUCGGAAACAAACUUCGAAAGAAGAUAGAUGAUUAUAACGCGACUAAAGUGAGAAUUUUCGAAAUAGGACACCUAAUAAGCAAGAUGCCGAAAUAUGAUCCUAGCGAUUUGCAAUUACAAAACUACAAAAGUGGCCAGCCGAAACCAAAAGUGAUGACAACCUCCAAUGGUGCUCCGAUUGCCAACAAAACAAAUGUGCUCACUGUAGGACCUAGGGGUCCAAUGCUUAUGCAAGAUGUGGUGUUCAUGGAUGAAAUGGCUCAUUUUGAUCGUGAACGUAUCCCAGAGAGGGUGGUCCAUGCUAAAGGAGGAGGAGCCCAUGGCAUGUUUGAAGUGACUCAUGAUAUCACAAAGUACUGCAAAGCUGAUAUCUUCAGCAAGAUCGGCAAGCAAACACCGUGUUUCGCUCGCUUUUCCACAGUUGGUGGAGAAUCGGGAUCAGCGGAUACGGCUCGUGAUCCACGUGGUUUUGCUGUGAAAUUCUACACUGAAGAAGGAAAUUGGGAUCUGGUUGGCAACAACACACCGAUUUUCUUCAUUCGUGAUCCAAUGCAAUUCCCGAACUUCAUACACACUCAAAAGAGAAAUCCUCAGACUCAUCUGAAGGAUCCAGAUAUGAUGUGGGACUUCUGGGGACUUCGACCUGAGUCCACCCACCAGGUGAUGUUCUUGAUGUCGGAUCGAGGAACUCCCGACGGUUUCCGCUUUAUGAACGGCUAUGGCUCUCAUACCUUUAAGCUUGUCAAUGCCAAGGGAGAACCAGUCUACUGUAAAUUCCACUUCAAGAUGGCAAGAGAGUAUGGAAUGAAUCUUAUUGCAUUACAGGCACAAAAGAUCAAGAACCUCUCUGCAGAAGAUGCCGCUCGGCUUUCGGGCGAAGACCCUGAUUACUCGAUUCGCGAUCUUUACAAUGCAAUCGAGAGGGGAGACUUCCCACAAUGGAAACUCCACAUCCAGGUGAUGACCUUCGAGCAAGCAGAGAGAUGGCGAUUGAACCCAUUCGACGUCACCAAGGUUUGGCCACAUUCCGAAUUUCCACUGAUUCCUGUUGGAACAAUGACACUCAAUAGAAAUCCAAAGAACUAUUUUGCUGAGGUGGAGCAAGCUGCUUUCUCUCCAGCUCAUGUGGUUCCUGGAAUUGAAUUCUCCCCAGACAAAAUGCUCCAAGGUCGACUGUUCUCCUACACAGAUACACACUUCCACCGUCUAGGACCGAAUUACAACCAGCUGCCGAUCAACUGUCCUUUCCGGGCUCGAGCUCACAACACUCAACGAGAUGGCGCCGCUUGUUACGAUAAUCAGGGCAAUGCUCCAAAUUACUUCCCGAACAGCUUCAAUGGUGGUGUGGAAUGUCCGAGGUCUGUAGAGAGUAGAUGGAAUACGACAGGAGACGUUGCUCGACAUGAAUCAAUUGAUGAGAACAACUUCGAACAACCACGGCUAUUUUGGGAAAAGGUUCUGAACAAUGACGAACGAGAGCGACUUCUAGAAAACAUUUUUUCAACAAUGAAAGAUUGCAAGCAGUUCAUACAAGACCGAGCGAUUCAGAACUUUGUAAAGGUUAGUAAUUCCUAUUCGGCCCUAAAAAUAGAGAACCACGAAUUGCAGAAAAGCUAG